AUGCAAGAGGUGCUCCGGGAGUUCCUCGACGAUUUCGUGGUGGUGUACCUAGAUGACAUCGUCAUCUAUAGCAAGGAUAUGGAGGAACACAUCAAGCACUUGAAGAAGCCGAAUUGCAAAGACAAGUGCGAGUUUGGGCUACAAGAGGUCGGGUUCUUAGGCCAUGUAGUCGGAAAUGGCAAGAUCAAGAUGGAGGCGGGGAAGAUCAAAGCCAUUGUUGAUUGGGAGACCCCAAAGUCGGCAUCGGAGUUACGCUCUUUCCUUGGCUUGGUAAAUUACUACCGGCGGUUCAUCAAGGGACAUUCGGUGAUCACGGCGCCGUUAACCAAUAUGCCCCGGAAGGACAAGGACGCGUGGGAAUGGACACAAGAAUGUAUGAGGGCCUUUGAACAACUAAAGGAGGCGGUCACGAAGGAACCGGUACUCGCACUACCCGACUUCACCAAACCAUUCGAAGUGAUGACGGAUGCUUCGGAUAUAGCCGUUGUAUCUGCAAUCUCUGGCACCCCCAUCUAUUUGCUAACCGUUCACCCCUUCUCCUUCCGAGCCGUUCUAACUUAUUGUUGGAUCGGGAGUCACAAGAACCAUCUCGUCUUACGCGACGUUGUUGCCUAUAAUUAG